AUGCAGGUUGAUAACGUCGAGUUGGAUGAAGAGCAACAGGAGAUCGCUCGCCAUAAUGCGCUGAUGGCACGGUACCAGGCCCAGAGGGGGAGAGUCUGUAACCAUUACUACUGUGGACGUCAAGUGUGCAUCUUCUGGGAAGACGGAAUGCCAGCAACAGACGGUUUAACAGGUCCAAACAGGGCGAUCGAUCCCCAACGCAUGACUGGACCCAACGCUAUCCCAACUACUUACAGAAGUCAUCCCGACACGGACUCAGACAAUUCGGCGGACUCCUACCGCACCACCUCCCUCUCUGACAACGACUCCGAGAGUGAAAACCAAAUGGCUCUCUCUGAAGCAUCCAGAAAAGCCGGUCGAGCCCGUGGAAUUGCCCGCAAGCUUGCUGCAGUCAGGUUCUCAUGCUUCGGUCGCUCAUGCAGCGCAGAAGAUGGUGAGGAGCAGAGGCACGAACCAGCUCGCUCUCCUAGGUCUACUCCCAGAGCAGCAAACGCCCCUGAAUCUCCCCUUGCGCCUGUUUAUCCUCCUAUGUCUAUACCGAGACCAACUCAGCAGUCGAUGCCUGUUAUGGGAGCAGUUUCCCCUCCCAUGACUAUCUCGAGACCAGUUGAACGCUCUAUGGCUACAAUGGGGCCAGUUUAUUCUCCCAUCUCUGUCCCGAGACCAGCUCAGCGCUCGAUGCCCGCUCCGGAACCGGUUGAGUCUCCCGUCAUUCGUCGUCAACACUCAAUCGAAUCCUUCACCGGUGGCCAGGAUUGGGGGUAUGCUCCGAAUCCUAAUUAUUCCCAAUAUCCCCCGGGUCAGGGCGAGGAUUGGGGAUAUGUUCCCAAUCCUAAUUAUUCCCAACCUUCCUACGCCGCCAGAGGUUCAGGGUUUGAUAGUCCUACUGUAACAACUCCGCCCUCACGCCCUCCUGCCCCUCCGCUCAUCAGGGAUGCGCCGAGGUCUAACCCCCAGUUUCUUGCUGGAGCUCUUACUCCUCCGUUGCGCAGACCAGAGACCGCAUACACCCCGCAGCAGCUCCGUGAGGGAAUCAUCCACAGUAUGACUGUCAUUAAUGUCAACGAACUCCCGAACAACAAUCCAAACAUCUCGUCCUUCCACGUCACUACACAUCAAAUUGGCGAUGUGGCUAGAAGGGAAAUGGAGAUGGGUUUGGACAGAAUGCGCACCGCCGGAGGCAGGGUCGAAGACCAUGAGUCUUAUCAUGAUGGCCAGUAA